CCCAACCAUACUCGCCCAAAAAGAAAAAGAAAAACAAAUCAUAAUCAGCUAAGCAACGCCUCUACUCUUCCGCCACUUCGGAUCGCUAACUUCUUCCUCUUCUCUAGACGACAGAUACGGAGCCAGCGAUCUGCACCGGCACCGCAAUCCGUAGAAAGUAGAAUCCUAGGACUUCCGCCACUCUGCUCAGCAACCCAUCCAGGUAGCUGAGUGCUGCAUCCUCAAGGCUGAAGGAUGCUAUUCUGAAAUAGGAGUAAAAGAUUUCUCAAAUUUCUCCCCUUUUGCCCUCAAACUGCUUAUAUCAGAAACAGUCCUGAUUUUGAUUUGGGAGCCUUUCGUGUGUAUGAAGAGGCAUUACUUUUAUUGGAUUUUAAAGUUGUUGAAUUGCAGAGGAACAGUUUGAGGGCUUAUUGGAUUAAGAAUGGGCGGCUCUGAACAACCAAAGAAAAGAGUGGCCUUUGUGCUUAUUGAUGGCUUGGGGGAUGUAUCUCUGCCAAGGUUUGGUUACCAGACUCCUUUGGAAGCAGCUAAGAUUCCAAAUUUGGAUAGUAUAGCUUCAGCUGGAGUUAAUGGCCUGAUGGAUCCUGUAGAAGCGGGCCUUGCAUGUGGGAGUGACACGGCUCAUCUGUCUUUGAUGGGGUACGAUCCAAGGGUGUAUUACCGUGGAAGAGGCGCAUUUGAGUCUAUGGGAGCUGGCCUGGCAAUGUCGCCCGGUGAUAUUGCAUUUAAGUCAAACUUUGCUACCCUGGAUUUGGCAACUGGGGUAGUUUUAAGCAGGAGGGCUGAUAGACAUUUUGAAGAAGAAGGUCCAAUUCUUUGUGCUGCUUUGGAUGGAAUGAAACUACCUUCUUUUCCUGAAUAUGAAGUUAGAGUGAGGUAUGCCACAGAGCACAGGUGUGGUGUGGUGGUAAAGGGUCCAAAGUUAAGUGGAAAUAUAUCAGGAACUGACCCAUUGAAGGAUAACCGCCUUCUUUUACAAGUGGAGGCUCUUGAUGAUACAGAAGAGGCAAAUCACACAGCCAUAGUUGUUAAUGAACUUUCUAAAGAGAUGUCGCGCAUUCUUGUUUCCCACCCACUGAAUGCAAAACGUUCUGCCGAAGGAAAGAACAUUGCCAAUGUUGUCCUCUUGAGAGGUUGUGGCAUUCGAAUUGAGGUCCCUCCGUUUGAGGAGAUACAUGGGCUUCGCCCAUGCAUGGUAGCUCCUACCAAGAUCAUAGCUGGGUUGGGUCUAUCUCUUGGGAUUGAUAUUCUAGAAGCUCCUGGAGCAACGGGAGACUACCGGACAAUAUUAACAUCCAAAGCAAUUGCCAUAGCAAAUGCCCUUUCUGCUCCUCUGCAGCCUUGCCCAAAUAUUUUCGUUCCUGGUGAAGAUGAGCAUAAGCCUGGUGGAUCUGAUGGUUAUGACUUUGGAUUCCUUCACAUUAAGGCAAUAGACGAUGCUGGCCAUGAUAAAGCCAGUGUAUUCAAAGUAAAAGGACUUGAAGCGGUGGACCGUGCUCUGGGACAGCUGGCAAAACUUCUAUGGUCAGCACAAUCAUCCGGGAAAUUCGAGUUCUUCAUUUGUGUCACUGGGGACCACUCAACACCCGUCGAAUAUGGGGACCACAGCUUUGAACCUGUCCCAUUCUCAUUAUGUAGUCUGAAGGACUUUGUGGGUGCUGUUGGGGGAGAUGCAGUCCUGUCAGAAACCUCACUGGAUCCAUUUCCCCUUCCAAUGAACAAUGACAGUAAAGACAUUUUGACUGCUGAUUUGGGAGCAGAAAGGAGAAAGAAGGGCAAGGGUUUUAGCGGGGACUCGGUAGCAGAGUUCAAUGAAAUAGCAGCAGCAAGAGGUUGCCUUGGACGGUUCUCUGGGAGUGAGAUGAUGGGAGUUAUAAACACAUAUCUUAAGCUAAAAGCAUAAUUUCAAGAUUGCAUGGAACUAUGGAGUUGUGGUUUAACCAGUAACAAGGCAACUUUCGAACAUUUUAUGGAAGAAUAUAAAGUAUGAGCAAGGAGUACACAGGGGCUGAUACCGGAUUGUACAUGAUGUGCCCAUUUCUGAAAGGUGUUCAAAUUAUUGUUUGUAGAAAUAAGUAGUAGUUAUAAAAACACAAUAUUUUCCUGUUAAAAAAUGCUGGUUAAUUGAUCACUUUUAUUGCGAGAGGGUGUGAGGUGAUUCUACAAGUUGGUGAUGAUAUAGAUAGUUGCAAGUGUAACUUAUUUGACAAUGUUUUGUAUUUUCUCUUAUGAUUUUCAUAUUUUGGGUUGUAUAAGUUUAAAUAAAUAGUAAACAGUGGUUAUAUGCUUAUAUGUGUUGCAGAAGUGAUCAAGUGAACCCAAUGAGACUUAAAAUAAAACUACGUGAUGGGGAGAGUGAGUUGGGG